UAGCAAUCUUUGGUAUACCAGAAGUGUUGCUGUGGCAACAGGGAGGAAAUUAUCAAGUGGUUGCUGUACUUUAUCAGGUCAACAUGGAUUCGUGGUUCUUUGUCCUUUUGCUUGGAAGUGGCCUGACAUGUCUAGGUGGGCACAUCGUUACCUCAGUGCCACCGUCCACAGAGCACACCUCUGCCAUGCAUUCCAUGAAAGACCUUACAUCAGAGCCAGAUGGCAAAAAGGGCACUAGUCCAGACAAUCUGAAUGCUAGCUCUCCAGCGACCGUACCUACCAUAGUGCCUACCACGCAAGCCCCAAAGCUCCCUCUGAACACCACUGUCAGUUUGCUGGGCAGUGAAACCCAAACCACGAGGACAGCUGUGUCUGCACCUGAGUCCACCUCCAGUCCACCCAGCACGAUGUCUUCUGCUGCACAAACAGCUUCAGAAGAUGUAAAGACAGGGACCACAGUGGGGAACAUCACUAUGGCAGUAACUUAUCCAGAAAUCAUUGUCACUUCAGGUGAGCCAUCAGAAGGCCCAGCUGAUUCUGAUCCGGAGAGAAGAGAUGAGACUCCAAUUAUAGCUGUAAUGGUGGCCCUAUCUUCCCUGCUAGUCAUAGUAUUUAUAAUUAUUGUGCUGUACAUGUUAAGGUUUAAGAAAUACAAGCAAGCUGGGAGCCAUUCCAACUCAUUUCGCUUGUCCAAUGGCCGAACAGAUGACACAGAGCCUCAGAGCAUGCCGCUCCUUGCCAGAUCUCCCAGCACCAACAGGAAGUACCCGCCACUGCCUGUGGAUAAAUUGGAAGAGGAGAUUAACCGGCGAAUGGCAGACGACAAUAAGCUCUUCCGGGAAGAAUUCAAUGCUCUCCCAGCAUGCCCAUCCAGGCCACAUGUGAACUGCCUCCAAGAGGAAAACAAAGAGAAGAACAAUUAUGUGACAUUCUGCCUGUAGUAUGAUCAUUCCAGGGUUCAUCUGACUCCCAUUGAAGGUGUCCCGGAUUCUGAUUACAUUAACGCCUCCUUCAUUAAUGGGUACCAAGAAAAAAACAAGUUUAUUGCUGCACAAGGACCAAAAGAAGAAACAGUAAAUGAUUUCUGGAGAAUGAUUUGGGAGCAGAACACAGCGACAAUCGUCAUGGUGACUAAUCUGAAAGAGAGAAAAGAGUGCAAAUGUGCUCAAUACUGGCCAGAUCAGGGCUGCUGGACUUAUGGAAACAUCCGGGUGUCUGUGGAGGAUGUGACUGUCUUGGUUGACUACACAGUGCGAAAGUUCUGCAUUCAACAGGUAGGUGAUGUCACAAACAAAAAGCCUCAGCGCCUGGUGACCCAGUUCCACUUCACCAGCUGGCCUGACUUUGGGGUCCCCUUCACCCCUAUUGGGAUGCUGAAGUUCCUGAAGAAGGUGAAGACGUGUAACCCCCAGUAUGCAGGAGCGAUUGUUGUUCACUGCAGCGCCGGGGUAGGACGCACAGGCACUUUUAUCGUCAUUGAUGCCAUGCUGGACAUGAUGCAUGCAGAGAGGAAGGUGGACGUGUACGGUUUCGUGAGCCGGAUCCGGGCUCAGCGCUGCCAGAUGGUACAAACCGAUAUGCAAUAUGUGUUUAUAUACCAAGCACUUCUGGAGCACUAUCUGUAUGGAGACACAGAGCUAGAAGUGACCUCGCUGGAGACCCACCUCCAGAAAAUCUACAACAAAGUGCCCGGGACCAGCAGCAACGGGCUAGAGGAGGAGUUCAAGAAACUAACUUCAAUCAAAAUCCAGAAUGACAAGAUGCGAACAGGCAACUUGCCGGCAAACAUGAAGAAAAACAGGGUGCUUCAAAUAAUUCCAUAUGAGUUCAAUCGAGUGAUCAUUCCAGUGAAGAGAGGUGAAGAGAACACAGACUAUGUCAAUGCGUCCUUUAUUGAUGGUUAUCGCCAGAAGGACUCGUACAUCGCUAGCCAGGGCCCUCUCCAGCACACAAUAGAGGAUUUCUGGAGGAUGAUCUGGGAGUGGAAAUCUUGCUCUAUAGUUAUGUUAACAGAGCUGGAAGAGAGAGGCCAGGAGAAAUGUGCCCAGUACUGGCCUUCUGAUGGCUCUGUGUCCUAUGGAGACAUCACCAUGGAGCUGAAAAAAGAGGAGGAAUGUGAGAGCUACACAGUGCGGGACCUGCUAGUAACGAACACCAGGGAAAACAAGAGCCGGCAGAUUCGACAGUUCCAUUUCCAUGGCUGGCCGGAAGUUGGAAUCCCUAGUGAUGGGAAAGGAAUGAUCAAUAUCAUUGCAGCUGUGCAGAAACAGCAGCAGCAGUCUGGGAACCAUCCAAUCACUGUGCACUGCAGUGCCGGGGCAGGAAGAACAGGAACCUUCUGUGCACUGAGCACUGUCCUAGAAAGGGUUAAAGCUGAGGGGAUUCUUGAUGUCUUUCAGACAGUGAAGAGUUUAAGAUUACAGAGGCCGCAUAUGGUGCAGACACUGGAACAGUACGAAUUCUGCUACAAGGUGGUGCAGGAAUACAUUGACGCCUUCUCAGACUACGCCAACUUCAAGUGAAAAAACAAAACAAAAAGAAACAAAUGACAGAAGAGUUGCCUUCUUUAAUAUUUUGUAAUAUUCUGUUUGUUAAUAUACCCCCCAAAAUAUGUGUAUAUAUCUUAACUGUUUUAGAGAUUGGUACCAUAGGCUUCAUAUUAGCUGGAGAUUUUAUAUGUAGCAAAAAGUGUUAGCGCGGAUACUGUUGGCUUUUUUUUUUCCAAUGUUUUAUUGGGGAAUUAAAUAGCGUGAUGUUUGGAUUAAUAUUGUCAAUCCAUCUCUCUGCUGGAGAGUUGAUAUAGGCUGUUGUUUUGUUUGUAAAUCUUUUUUUUUUUUCUUUCCCUGAGGGAGUAAAGCCUUUUUAAAAAUAAUAGUAUUCUGGAUCUCAUCUAAAAGCACAAGCUUUUCCGAACCUGUGAGGAAAUGGUUUCACAUUUUCCUGCUGUUGUGCUCUGAAAAGAAAGAAAGGAAGAAAGAAAAAAAAGCUUAUUCUGUAUAUAUCCUAGUUUUUGUAUAAAAAGAGAAAAAGCAAAAGUUUCUUUCUCCAGGACUAAAUAAGUCUGUGUCACCAACUGAAAAUGGUAAAUAGACUUUAAAUGGCAGCAACAGUUGAGAUUUCAACCAGAAAAAAAGGAUUUUUGCUCCCUAAAGGAAACUUCCCGGUAUGUGUGCCAGAUUUCAGAUUGGUUUUAUCUGCCUCUCAGUCACAGCCUUGUCUGGCACUUAUUGGCAGGCAGCAUGGUAGGUCGUUUAGAUGUCUAGCUGAACUGCAUGUGCAGUCAGGUACGUGGAUGGCCUUACCUGCUCUUGCAAUUAAGAAAGGCCAUUGAAAUCUUCUGGCUCUCUGUCCAUCUGUGUUCAUUAGUGAACAGUAGCAGCUUUGUUGUUGUUAAUAUUAAGAUUCAUUUUCUCUCUCUCUCUGAAGGCAAAGCCAAAUGUUUCACUCUAGCCUUGUGUACUCUGGGAGUUUCAGUCAUUGGUGUCCAGCAAGUGGUGUAGCUUCACCAGCACAGAUGCUUUGUAUAGACAGGCAAAGCCUCUAAAAGUCACUGUUUGUACCUCUGCCUGAAACUGGGGUUAAGCUACACUUGUGCAAAUCAUGGUUUCUUGCAGCUUUGCCUGUCUGUGUGGGGAGUGUGCACUGGCACAGCUCCACCAAUGGCUGCAGCUGGGGCAAAUCCCCAGUGUAGACAGGGGCUUGGACUGUAUUCUGUCAUGAGAGCCGUGUUUACUUCAUGCUUGUCUUACAACUGCCAAGGGUGUUUGUUGCUCCAUGUCAGUUAUGGGUUGGCCAACCCAGUUUCCUUUAUGCUUGGAGGCAGGAGUGCCAUGUGCCUGCUAGCUGUCAACAUAUCAGAGCCUCCAUGGCCAAAAAAUGUGUUUAAUUUUACUCCUUUUCAUUUCUGUGGUCAGAAGGAAUGAGGGAAAGAGAGUGAGGAGGGGCCCUCCUUUCAGUAGGUCUCUUCUAGGUGCUGGUGCCAUGGUUUGGAGAGAAGAUGUGGCACCAUAACAAUCCAAACUUCAGCCAGCCAUUGAUUGUCCCUCAGACAUCAAGUGCGAUCAGUUCCCCUGGUACAUCUCUUCCUUCCCUCCACACCCUAUGAAUGAACCUUUAGCAGCUCCUGGGCUAGACUUUCCUCUCAUAUUAGUAUAACUACAAUGGGAGCCGAGGAUUUACACAGAAGUCAUUCUGGUGGGAGUAAGGUCAGAAUCAGGCCUGGUGGGGGGUUCUGCCAAGGAUAGUAUAGGUCCACGGGCCCAAUUCUGUAUUUCCUUAGCACUGAAGUUAAAAUUAAAAUAGAGGAGUUGAUCCUUGUAGCAUUCAGAGAGGCAGCACUACUAAUAAAAGACACUGGGAAAAGGUCUCUGGUAUCAUCCCUAAAUAAAGAUCCUGUUUGUCUGA